GCAAUCCACCACGCACUGUCAUCACGCCUCCUCCCAGAUAGAGCCUCCUCCGUCCCACUCCCACCCCAGCUGCUGCGUGCAUGCCCGCUCUCCCCGUCGACGACGUGCACCUGCACUGCACUGCACUCCUCGCCGGCGCGCGCGCGAGCUGCGGCGGCACUGUGGUGGUGGGUGUUGACGUGGUCCGCCACAGCUGGCAGCUGGUCGUCCCCGGCCCUAUAGUCGUCCGAGAUAUAUAGUAGUAUGGCCCGGGGAGUGAGGCUGGCGGCGGGCGGCGGGCUGGUGGUGGUCGGGGCGCCGUGGCUCCUCAUCGCCGUCCUCGUCCACUCCUCCUUGCUCGGCUCCACCGUCCUCACGGCCGUCGACGCCGCCCGCGCGUCGUCGGCGUUCGUGGUGACGACGACGACGGCCCCGCUGCGGACGUCGACGACGAUGGCUCCCGCGCCGUCACCCGCCGACGGCAGCACGCUCGGGACGGACGACAGCAAGAGGAAAGUGCCCACCGGCUCCAACCCCUUGCACAACUAACAGGUGACGCGAGCGAGAUCGAUCGGCAGGAACGACGACGUUGCGUGCGUGCAUAUAUAUGUGACGCACGCGCGCGGUGCGUUGGAGCAGCAGAGGUGGCGGCGGAUGCGCGCGCUGGAGGUACGAGGUGAACGAGAUUGCGAGGUGCGUACGACUGACGGCGGUGCUUGGCGCGACGAGACGACUGCCGGCGUACGUGAGAGCUUCUGAUUCUGCUUCUUUUAUUCCUCCGCCGCCGCGCUCGUGGCGAUUACGUACCUUGGUCGGGUUGGCUCCGAGAGCGAGGAGAGAGAAAGGAAGUUGAAUGAGAGCGCAUUCAGUCAGAUAGCUAGGAGUGUAGCUUGCUGCUAGAAGCUCUUCUUGUUUUUCUUUUCCCUUCUUCUUCUUCUCUCAGUUUUUGGCAUGCAUGUUGGACGCCUUCAUCGUCAAAAGUAUAAAAAGAGAUUCGAUCUGUAAUGUACUCAUUUGUUACUCCAGAGAUCAGAGAGGAAUAAUUAAGUACACGUUU